GCCACUCAUUCACUCACUCUGUCUGCCGUAUUCACACAACCUUCCUUCACUAGCAGCCAGCAUGGAGGAAGGAAUCGAUGGGAUGGAUGAGUGAGUGAACGCUAUACACACUGACUGACCGACCGACCGACCUACGCCAAUACGUCAGCCAGCCAGCUUCGACUCAGACAAGGGAGUAGCCAGGCAAAGGAGGCAAGUCCGUACCCAAUUACACAGAUAGAUAAUAGCAUAGCAUAGCGUAGCAGCAUGGACCAGGUGCGUGAGCCAGCCAGAGCCCGACGGCCUUUCCCGGGCCUGGCAGGCCUCACACACGCGGUAUGUACACACAGACACCUCCGGGUCGGGUCACAGCUCCGUCUUGAGCUUGAGAAGCUCCGGCUCUUUGUCGAGUUUGUUGGGCAUGGAGUCGCCCCCGAUGACCCCAUCAAUGAAGGAAGACAGCGCACCCGACUCCCAAGUGUCGCCCUCAUACAGCUGUGUGACAGACAGACAGACAGACAGACACAUAUGGGUUUGUGUGCUGCGCCAUGGGUGAGGUGAGUGGGGUGAAAGCCACGUCAGUCAGUCACCUUAAAUUUCCGCCUCUUUGGCCUGUACGCGACGAAUUUGUGGCACAUUUCCGGCGAGCUGCUGUUGCACCCACUGGCCAACCCAAAGGCAGCGACAAACUGGGGCUGAUGGAUGACCACACACAUUACAUUCAGAACACACCACACCACACACACCGUAUUACCUACCGGCGAGUUGUGUGUGGUUUGUUGUAUACGCACCCACCUGUUGUGUCGCGUCGACCCAGACGACCUUGAUAGGGUCUCGUUUGUACCGUUCCGCCAGCUUCUUGACCGUCUCGUGCACACCCUCAUCCACACUCCCGCCGUACUUGAACAAGAUGAAACAAUACUGCAGGCAGUAACGGACACACACACACACACACUUUGGUCAUUUUCGUGGACCCAGCCCCUCCCUCACCUGUCCAUCUGAUGGUGCGCACUCUCCGUUGGUGGUCCGCCUCUUCGUCAGCUCCCGGAAAGACCCUCCAGUGCCGCCGUACGGACCCUGAGACGCUCGUUGCUGCACACAGCCAUACACAAAGGAAGGGAGACAGAGAGGGGGGCGUGACUUCCUCCUGCAUUGUGUGUAAGUAUCUUGCCGGCUCGUUGCUCACUUGUGCGACGAUUCGGCUGAACGAGAGCGAGAGCACCUCACGAUUCGCUGUCGCCUUGAGCCACUCACCCUGCACACCACCACACAACACAGUGGAUGUCACAUCCACUCAUGCUCCCUCCCUCCCUCCCUCCGUCCGACCGUCCGUCCGUCAGAGCGUACCGUCAGCUUGUCGAAGUCCUGCAGGUGCAAAAUGCUGGGAAACUUUGGCGGCUUGAACCGGUCCACCACGUCCUUGUCGCUGGCAAACACCACAGCCAUCGACAGCCGCGGGGGCGUCUUGAACUCCUUUGCGAGGGCCUUGAAGAGAGGCGGGACGGCCUUUUUGUCGGUGAAGAGAACGACUUUAGCCAGUGAUGAGUCGCUGUUGAUGAAGUCGUUGAUGUUUUUGGUGGUGAGGGUGGUGCUGUGGGAGGGGAGCCGGCGGGAGAGCCAGUGACCGAUCGCUGCCGAUGUCCUGCACACACAGAGAGAGAGAGAGAGAGACCGGCGAGUGGAGUCAAGUGGAGUGGAAAGGCUCUCUCUCUCUCUCUGUCUUUCUAUCUCCGUGUGUGCGCCUGUGUGUGUGUGUGUACCUUUCGCCUUCGUAUACAACUGGAGGUUUUUCUUUGUCUUCUGGGAAGAGGUACACCGUGGGGUAGCCCGUGACUUGCAUCUCCUCACACACGUCCCGGUGCUUCUCGCAAUUCACUGCCGCCACCUGCACGGACGGAUUUGAUGUGUGCAGCCAUGUAGAACAAAGAAGCGAGGAUCCCUUGACAUGCUCGUCGCGUGUGUGUGUGUGUGUGUCUGUGAGUGUGUGUGCCGACCGGCACGAUUCCCUUCAUCUUGGUUGCCAGCUUGGCGUAGUCAUCCUUCAUCUCUUUGCAGUGGCCGCACCAUGGUGCGUAGAACUCUACCUGAAGAGUGACAUCACACACAGCGUCAGUCAGGAUGUGCCUCUGACUGAAUGCUCUCCUACACGCGGAAGCUUCCACUCACCAGCAUGACCCAGUCGCGGUCGUUGAUUUCCUUCUCGAAGUUGCCGCUGCCCAGCUGCAGCACGUCUGUGUCGUCGUAGAGGUUGUGGCUCGGCCGCUGCUCCUGACGAGCACGCUGACGACCACCACCACCACCACCACCAAACCCUACACACCGACACCGAUAUCAAUCAGGCAAUCACUGGCUACAGACAGACGCCGGUGUCCUGUCGUGUCAGUGUGACUGACCUCCGAAGCCCCCUCCGCCUCCGCCGAACUGGAAAUGGACCCGGCCACCACCGCCACCGAAAAACUGCCUGCAGUGCAGUGCAGUGCAGGGUAGAGCAGACAACACAGACAGACAACACAGACAGACACACGGAUGGGAUGGUCAGUCAAAGUGCUGGAUGCAUCGAUGGGAUGCAUCCGAUGACAAACUGCCUGACUGACGUACUCGAAGACAGUGAAAGGGUCCUGGAACCCCUGUCCGCCGCCGCCGCCGUGCUGUUGCUGCUGCUUGAGGCCCUCCUCGCCAUAGCGAUCGUAGAUCUGACGCUUCUCGCUGUCACUCAAAACCUGCACACGCAGUACGUGAUGAAUGAAUAAAGGCAGGCAGAGAGGGAGAGAGGGAGAUGUUGUCUGUGUGUCUGUCUGUCUGUCUGUCCGGUGUGUCGUUGCUGACUUCAUAUGCGUUGGCGAGGUCCAUGAAUUUCUCCUGCGCUUUGGGGUCGUCGGGAUUCUUAUCGGGAUGCAGCUGCUUGGACUUCUCGCGAUACGCCUGGGGGCAUGACGGCAUGACGGACGGCAGCAUGAAACACACAGAUCCCACACAGCAAUGGAAUAGAAGAAUCAGAGAUAUCAGAGAUGGUGUGACGUAUAGGUGCUUCUCUGUGUGAUGGGUGCUGCCUGACUGUCAGCGAGUGACUGGCUGACUGCCAGACCUUCUUCAUUUCGUCAUCAGUGGCCUUCCUGGACACGCCCAAAAUGCGAUAGUAGUCCCUGCCUCUCCCCUGACCCAACACGGGCGCCACAGCCACCAGCAGCAACGACAACACUGACAGCACACUCCCAAUCAGCUCCAUUGUUCGUUCUGAGCGAUACUCUACGCCUUCAUUCUCUCCCGCACAGACAGGCAGAUGUCUGCAAACAAGCUUCUCGAUCUCAGAUGCGAAGCAAUCUCACGCUGAUGCGCUGCUCGACGCUGCCGAAAACGCUGCCUCUUUCUGUCUGUCGGUGACGUGUGAGUGGAUCGACGAUCCACUGGGGAAAAGAAGAUGUCGCAAAGGGCCGCUUUUGCUUUGUGGAGCUUACGCAGCU